AUGUACGCUGUUGAAGAUGUGCCCGGGAAAGGUAAAGGCCUCGUUGCUACUAAAGACAUACCCAAGGGCACACGAAUCAUCUCUGAAAAACCCAUCAUCGCUUCAAGUCGACAUGUCGCAAACGUGGAGCAACUACAGAUUCGCGUUAAUCAGCAAUUUGACACUCUAAACAAGGACCAGAAACAAGAGUUCCUUUCUAUGGGCAACGUGUAUCCUUACACCAACUCUACAGAAAGGAUGCGCGGCAUCUUUCGAACGAAUGCCCUACCUAUCGGAUCGAAACUAGACGGUGCGGGCGUCUUUUUCAACGCCUGCCGAAUCAAUCACGCCUGUGACAAUAAUGCUCAGAAUUUUUGGAACGAGAACCUCGACCUACUCACGAUCCAUGCUGUAAAAGACAUCUGCAAAGGGGAAGAAAUCACUAUAUUUUACCUCAACAGUCGUAGAAACCGCCGGGCACGACAGGAGGAGCUGCAGCAGAAUUUCAAGUUCACGUGUUCCUGUCGACUCUGCUCUUUACCACCUGACGAGAGCAGGAACAGCGACUCAAAGUUGGAUCGUAUUCAUGAAUUAGACUGUAUCAUCGAACAAGGUGGUAUAGCAGGGCUUGUUUCACCUGCCAGGCGGAUGUUCAGCUAUGUCGAAGAACAGGUCCGGCUCUGGAACGAACCUAUACCGGACGAACUAGGUCUGGCUCGGGCAUAUCCCGACGCCUUUCAAAUUGCUAUCGCAAAUGGAGACUUGGCGAGGGGGCGCACCUUCCCAGAGAGAUUGGUGCCUCUGUAUCUGAAUGCUCUCGGUGGCGACAGCCCUGAUGUAAUUCAGUACCGCAAGCUAGUUCGAGACCCCACGACACAUGAUUACUACGGCAUGUCAAUGAAGUGGAAGACCACGCUGGAUGAGGUUCCACAGGAACUAGGACCAGAGGAGUUUGAAGAUUGGCUUUGGAGGCGAAAGAAAGAUACUGCCCAAGGGCAACUAGCAGAUCUUCGCGACCGCGAGACCUUCCCUAGUUUCAAAGAUCUCCCGGACGAGCACGACCUACAAUCAGAACACUUCGAGUGCAGAGAAAUGGUAAAUUACCGGCCCAUGCAUCACUGGUGCUUUCUGGCGGAGAUUCAGGAUUUUGACUGGUCUAUUCACCUGCAGAUGGCCGUCAAGGAUGUCGACGGCACAAUUCUUCGACUAUCAUUACAAACUAAUCCUAGAGGUACUGAAUAUGCCCAGUCACAGAUCCAAAAGGGAUAUACCGUUGCGAUUCUGUACGCUGUACGCCAUACCUUUAUGUUCGGCGAACCCGGCAUCCGCCACGAGAAACCCCAGAUGAUGAAGAUAUUCCCUUUAUCAUUGAAUGAGUUGCAGAACUUGACCGAGAAUGUUCAGAGGUUCUCCAUGGAGCUUGACGGUCUCAGGACAUGUCGUGGGUGUGGUAAGAGGGGCACUUCUUUCAAACGAUGCGGCAAGUGCUCCUCCGUCUGGUAUUGCAACCGGGCUUGCCAAAGGGCCAACUGGAUUGAAGAAGGGCAUAAAGCUGAGUGCAAGGUGUUGAAAGACCCAGAUUGGCGAGCACUUCUCCAUCUCAAAUAG